CUGUAACCGUAGUCCAUGGUAUCAUUUCGCCAUGUUUCCUUCCCUUUCUUCCUAUGCCUUAUCUUCCUCAUAUUCCUUUCCCCUCCCACUGCCGGCGAUCCCCUCUACACACAGUGUGGCAGCACCGGCAACUACACCGCCAGCAGCACCUAUGAGACCAACCUCAACCUCCUCCUCCGUUCCCUCGCCUCCAACACUUCUCUCUCCGGUGGCUUCCUCAACGCCACCGUCGGCCAGAUCCCCGACCAAAUCUACGGCCUCGCCAUGUGCCGCGGCGACACCAACGCCUCGGUCUGCCGCUCCUGCCUCAGCGACGCAAUCCAAGACGCCCCCCAGCUCUGCGCGUACAACAAAGGCGCCAUCGUAGGCUACGAUGACUGCCUCCUUCGCUACUCCAACCAGCGCUUCUUCUCGACCGUCGACACCUCGAUGCGGGUGUUCGAGUGGAACCCCAACAACGUGACGGACCGCAGCCGGUUCGACAAGAUUGUGGACGAGCUUAUGAGCGCGAUCACCGAUUGGGCCGUCUCCAACUCGACGAGGAGGUUCGCCACCGGGCAGAUGGUGAAUUCCACCAAGGCUCCUUUUCCUCAGAUACAUGGUCUGGUGCAGUGCACACAGGACCUGUCGCCGAGCCAGUGCCAGCAGUGCCUCCAAGAUAUCGGCCUUGAGACAACACCGACACAGCUAGAGGGGAAGGAGGGAGGGAGGGUGGUCGCAGCGAGCUGCAAUUUUAGGUAUGAGAUAUACAAGUUCUUCGACGGGGCACCGUCGCUAAAACUUGAGGAGCCGCCGGGGAACGCACCGGUACCGGCGCCGGUAGUGCCUCCACCUACCAAAACACCUGAGGAAGAAGGUAAGGGUAUGGUUCUUGCAAUUGCCAUACCUGUAGUGAGUGCUCUGCUGCUACUCUCCGCUAUAUGCAUUUGCUUCUGGAGGAGGAAGUCAGCAAUAAAAUUACCCUUAGAUGGGAGUAACGCAGAAGAGAUCGAAAGUGUUGAGUCACUAUUAAUUGAUAUAUCCAAGCUAAGAGUUGCAACAGCAAACUUUUCUGAAGAGAAUAAACUUGGAGAAGGUGGCUUCGGUGCAGUUUAUAAGGGAUUAUUAUCCGAUGGACGAGAAAUAGCAGUCAAGAGGUUAUCAACAAGUUCAACACAAGGACUAGGAGAGCUGAAAAAUGAGUUAGUUUUAGUUGCUAGGCUCCAGCACAGGAAUCUUGUAAGGCUUUUGGGCGUUUGCUUGGAGGAAGAAGAGAAGUUGAUUGUCUAUGAAUAUGUGCCUAACAGAAGCCUGGACACCAUUCUUUUUGAUCCUGUAAAAAGAGAACAGCUGAACUGGGCAACCAGAUACAAGAUCAUUGGUGGAAUUGCUCGAGGCUUGCUAUACCUACAUGAAGAGUCUCAGCUAAAAAUUGUACAUCGGGAUUUAAAAGCCAGCAACAUUUUAUUAGAUCGAGACAUGAACCCAAAGAUUUCAGAUUUUGGCAUGGCUAGGCUUUUUGGUGGAGACCAAAGUCAAGGCAUCACAAACCGAAUUGUUGGAACAUUUGGAUAUAUGGCACCAGAAGAUGCCAUGCGUGGACAAAUUUCAAUCAAGUCAGACGUAUACAGCUUUGGAGUUCUAGUUUUAGAGAUCGUGACAGGCAGGAAGAACAUUGGUUCCUCUGAUUCUGAAUCUUCCAAAGGCCUUCUGAACUAUACAUGGGAGCAGUGGACAAAAGGAGCAAUUUUGGAGAUCUUGGACCCAUCUCUGGGUAACCAUUGCCCAAGAAACGAGGUGUUGAGAUGCAUUCAGAUUGGACUAUUGUGUGUUCAGGAAGAUCCAUCUGACAGGCCUACUAUGUCUACAGUCGUUACGAUGCUCAGCAGCGACUCUGUGUCUCUUCAAGAUCCCUCCCAACCUGCAUUUUACAUUGGAAAGAGUGGCACGAACUCAGAUGUUUAUUCAAAUGAUUUUCAUGGAGAUACACAUGACCGCUCUGCGAACAGGUCGUCACCGAUAUCGCCAAAUGAGGUAUCAAUAACGGAGCUUGAACCAAGAUAGAUAUAGGUAAGAAGAAGGUUGUGGAUGAGUAUUUUGAACAACCUGAAGUCAACUCCCUGAAGUUUGAAUAUUGUGGAUGUAAUACAUGUAGUAUCCCUCGGGUCCUUUGAAACAUUAGCGCAUCAACAUGUCUUAUGUCUUUCCAUUUUUU